CAAAGCGCAUCGUGUAACGGCACCCUCGUCCGGCAAAACGAACGCUAGCAGGUGUGGAAAACCUGUCGACCACUCUCGUAAAGUGUGUGUCUGUUAGUGAUGAUGCGUGUGCGCGUGAGCGAGUCAUCGGUAUCGUGUGUUUCGGUGUUUUUUUUCUCGACUCUCUCCUCUGUUCCAUAUAUCACCUAUAUGCCCGAACGUGCGCAGAUCAAACAUUUUUUGUGGCUUUUAAAACCUAACCCAACAUAUAUGCGUCCACUCUGUCAUCGUGAUCGUACUUCGUUUUGUUGUAUGCUGCUGCUGUGGUAGAUGUUUCAUUUUUUCUGCUGUUGCCUUGCUCUUUAGAGCCAAAGCCAUUCUCGCACUUCGCCGACAGGUUGCGCACCGUGUCGUGCUCAGUGCGGUUCGGUGCGUUCUGUUCGCUCGUGUUAAAUUCUUUUUAACCGCCUUCUACCGUCCGGUGGAAGAUUAUUAUUAAUAAAAACACAGGAAAGACGAAAAACAAAAAUCUCUCUUUCGAGACACCAAAACUUGUGUGACGUGAUGUCUCGGAAUGCUCUUUACUGCAUUCGUGUCUAGUGAGAUGAUCGUUUCCGGUUCAAUGUUCGUUUAGUUGUUUCGUACAAGAAUGCUUGCCUAUUCACGUUUAACAGUGUGACACGUUUACGAUUUAGCUGGGCAAGCGUUUUGCAAGCAAAUUCACGAUCGCUCCGUGAAAUAUUCCAAAAAACGGUAACAGAUAACUGCCGACAAAGCAAUCCAGCCAACAAUCAAUAUCGCAGAUUGGUUGAGCAUUGCGAACGAAUUCAAUCCUGCCCAACGAUCACCAUUAUUGUGUUCGCGUGAAGUGUUUUGCAGAAUUCGCGUCACACGUGUGAAGUUCCACUUGCGCGAUGUCGCGUUAUUCAAGAGACGACCCACGUUCCAUUUUCUUCAGCGGCAGCUCAACACCACUUCGAAGUUACGCUGGGUCGGAUCUGUUCAAGCGCACCUCGACCACACCGGUGACUCCGACUCAAUCAACCAGUCCCACUCCUUCCACCUCCUCAACCAGUCCGACCGUUUCGGCUUCUGCUACAGAUCCUGCCAAACCUGAACCCGUCGUCCGUAUCAUCCCGAUCCUUUAUCCGGCUCAGCCAGCCCGCCUUAUCGGUGGAACUAGCAGCUACGGUAACACCAACCGACCCAAUCCCACCGAUGGGUCGGACGUGGAGAACGGACCAGUGAAGGGUAGCGACGUUACCGCCACCCCACCAUCAACCCCAACACCACCAACGACCGCCGCGGCUCCCGUUACUACCGGCAUUCUUAAAACACCGCUCGGUACACCGCCCACCGGUGGUUCCGGGACACCAUCGCGCGUGUCCUUCUCGGCUCGACCGGUCGCCACUAAACCGACGAUGGCUGGUCCGAGCGGUACUAACCCGUCCAACGUCACACCCAGCGGUACCAGCAACGGCGUACACGGCCGAACAACGCUUCCACUGGCGAAGGCAUCGCGAUCGGCCGAACCACCACUACCGCCAUCUAUCGGUGGUGGAGAAACGACACCGAAUGUGCCGCACCAUACGGAACCCAUGUCUGGUACCGGUGCCGGGUCCGCCUGUCGGAUGCAGCUUGCCCUGUACGGUUGGCGCAAGAAGUGUCUGUAUGCGCUCAUCUUCAUCCUGAUGGUCAUGAUCAUCGUGAACCUUGCGCUCACCCUAUGGAUCAUGAAGGUGAUGGAGUUCUCUUCGAACGGUAUGGGACAGCUGAAAAUAGUGCCGGGUGGUAUUCAACUUACCGGACAGGCGCUCGUACUUAACACCUUACGCGCAUCGUCCAUCCGUUCGAAACACGGCCAACCCAUAUCCGUCGAGUCGUCACGCAAUCUGAGUGUAAACACAAGGAACGCGUACGGUGCGGUGGAGAACCAGCUAUUUCUUGGCCAUGAUCGGCUGGAAGUGCUCGCGAACCAUUUCCGCAUUACGGACACGCACGGUACGAACCUGUUCGCGGUCGAUCGGGAUGAGGUGAUCGUCGGUGCCGGUUCGUUGCGUGUGGAAGGUGAAGGUGGUGUUGCGUUUCGUGAUUCCAUCCAGACACCACUCGUUCGCGCGGACGCCGGUAAGGAUUUGAAGCUAGAGUCACCGACACGAUCGCUUGAAGCACGGGCGACUCAGGAGAUAUUUAUCCAGUCUCGGGCCGGAGGUAUCGAGACGACCUGUCUCAACGAUUUGAAACUACACUCGGUCGCUGGUAGUAUCCGGCUUGACUCCAGCGCCAUUUAUAUGCCAAACCUGAAAACCGUGCAAACGGUAGGUAGUAGCGGUGGUAGUAGUCUAUUAUCAGCAGCAACCCGAUCGGACACGGCGGGAAAGAUCUAUCAGCUGUGUGCCUGCUCUAGCGGUAAGCUGUUCCUGGCAGCGCCCAACAGCGUCUGCACUGCCGAUGAUAGUGCCAUCUGCAGGUAAUACGAGUCGCCGCAUGUUAGAAACCUUCGCGGCCAGUUCCUUCCCGUGCCGUUAACGUUCGGUGUGAAGGCGUGGUAAAUUGCCGUAGCUACAGCUGUCGGUGUAGUAGUUAGUAGUGUUAGCAGCAGCAGCAGCAGCAGCAGAACGAAAAAGGGAAACUGAAAGGACGUAGACGCAGACGUAACAUACAGACGUACACGCAGUAUCCAACAUUUCACCUUUCCCGUCCCCGAGUUGCCUUAACACACGAAAGAUGCCACACUAAAACAAUUGUUAAUCGUUCCCCGAUAUGUAUAGCAGACGGGCACAUUUGGCGUCCUGCAUGAGCUUACAAUGGCGCUCGUUGGAGGGGAUGUUCUGUUGAUGGCUGUACCCGUUCUGGCUUCAAUAUUUUGAAGGACCGCUGGUAGCUGUCACUAAACCGUUUGCUCACAAUAACCUUAACUUCCCUUUGCUGCUGUUACAAAUCGCUUCCCUCUGCUCACGCUCACCCCGUCCUCCUUUGUUCCCAGUCCUGUUGCUCUUCCACGUGAAGUGGAAGGGAGACAACAACACAACUCAAAAUUUAAAGAAAUAAAAGUGUUAUACUCUAGCAACCAAUUAUGCAUACACUUAGAGGAACGACUAUAUAUAUACACACACAUACCUUAGCAAUGACAGAUAAGCGUUACAAUAGAGCUAGGAAAGCCCCGGUACGAUGGGCAGAACGAUAUCAAUCAUACUGUAUUAGAGUGUUUCAAAUUUUCGGUGCAAACGAGACAAAAAGCAAAACAAUAUGGAAUGGGUGCGUUCAUGAGAUUGUUUGGAGUAAUAAGAAAAAAGAAUACAGUACUGCAGCAAGCGAAGAAACAAAAAAAAUAACAACUCCCCGCGCGUGUUAGAUAAAAGCAAAUUUAAACUAUUAUACAUAACAAUAAUAACCGAAAAAUCCAUCUGCGUUAGAGGAGAACGCUGUAAUCGCCAUUAUCUUUGCUGCUCGUACAAUAUAAGAUACAUAUCAAUAACGUAGCGUGUGCGUAACAACAGCAAAACAUCACACGAAGGUACACUACACUGUGACGUUAACUUACUUACAUUCGCAAACACACGCGCACACACUAAGUAACACAUACACAUGUUGCCGAAAUGGGAUUCGAUUCCAGUCAAUCGACACCGAUGUUGUGAAUACCAAAAAGCAAGCGUGAGAAAGAAACACACACACACAUGGACAAAACAAAAACUGAACAAAAACAAAGUGAAAUAAAGAAUAACAAGCAAAAAACGAAAUGAAAUAAAAAGCUGCAACAGUGAAAAAACAAAAACAAAGUACUAAUUCGCUUA